AUGGAGCGGUGGGCGCGGGGCGAAGGGGUCCUUCAGGCAGCCGGCCGCUGCCCUCUGGGGAUGAUUGGUCUGGCUCUUUUCCUCGCUGGUUGCCUGAGCAUCUGCCGCCAUCAUGAAUCCAUAGGAACUAUCCGGACCAGGAAGUUCAUGACCAACCGACUACUCCAGAGGAAACAAAUGGUCAUUGAUGUCCUUCACCCUGGGAAGGCAACAGCACCUAAGACAGAAAUUCGAGAAAAACUAGCCAAAAUGUACAAGACCACACCAGAUGUCAUCUUUGUGUUUGGAUUCAGAACCCAUUUUGGCGGUGGAAAGACUACUGGCUUUGGCAUGAUUUAUGAUUCCUCGGAUUAUGCAAAGAAAAAUGAGCCUAAACACAGACUUGGAAAACAUGGCCUGUGUGAGAAGAAAAAGACCUCAAGGAAACAGCGCAAGGAGCACAAGAACAGAAUGAAGAAAGUCAGGGGGACUGCAAAGGCCAGCAUUGGUGCAGGCAAAAAGUGA